AUGGUGUACACGCGUUGGAAGUGCGACCGUUUACCGGUCUUUCAGAUAAAGCUGUUCACGCAGGAGUACCCACUUCACGCCGCUGUUGGUAUUCUCAGCAUUAUGUUUCUCUGGAAACACAUGGGCCACUGCUCAGAGGAGACGGAGCGUAAACACGGAUGGUGGGCGGGAUACCCAUACUGGCGUGAUCCCAUUGGUCGCAGAAAUGAGGCCAAGUAUAAGCAACUUAUUCUCACUAACGAUGUUGACAUUACGGAUCCAAAAUGGACAGGAUGUUCACGUGAGCAACUUGAGAGAUUGAGGGCAAUUGUUUAG